AUGUCCACGACGUACCUAAGCUCCCCGGCGCCCAAUCAGAGCCACCUUUCCACGGCCACCUACGAGCAGACAGACCCCUCGGAGGUAGAGAGGCAAAUUCGCCUGCUGCUUUUCGGCUUGUGCGUAACCAUCGCAGCUGCUACCUUUGUCGGAGGGGUGUAUUCGUUACUGUCUCUCCUUCGGAUGAGGAGAAAAACCUCUCUGUGUCUCAUUGUGGCUUCCAUGUCGGUGGACGACCUGCUCAGUGUGGUCCCUCUCUCCAUGUUCAUGCUUCUACAGUGGGAGAGAGAUGGAGGUGGAGGGUCGGGCAGUCUGUGCACUUUAUCCGGACUUCUGUACGUGUUCCAGGGUGUUUCAAGCAAUAUGAAGGCCUGCCUGAUAGCAGCCUACACUUUUUAUGUCACAAAGAGAUUUGGAGUGCUCCAGUCUGUCCGCCAGCCCUUGAGAGUGAUGUGGGCCAUAGCCGGUGUGUGGGCGGUCAGCCUGGCCGUUAGUGUGUUACCUUUGUGCGGAUGGGGCAGCUUUACGCCGGCCUCUCUUGGGUGUUUCCCAGAGAGCGACAGUUUGUACAUUCUGCUGCUUUUCUCUUUAUAUUCCCUGUGUUUCUGCGGCUUGCUGUUCUUCUUUAUCCCCCUCACCUAUCAGCUGUUGUGCUCGAGAGAGCCCCAGAGGACUUUGCUGUACCCGAGCUAUUUGGAGAUGGCGAGGGGACUUAGUGGAUCCACUCCCCUCUGUGAUCUCCAGUCCUUCUCCCGGGACAGUCUGAACAAAAGUUUCGGUGUCUACAACGAGCUGAGCCCGAGUUCCUGCGGGACAGGGUCUGAGCUCAGGGAGAAAGACAACAGCGGUCUGUCCCCAAUGUCUGUCAGCGGACAGAGGACAGCAGCUGUUGGGGACACACCAGUGGUUUUUGCACAAAAGCGCUUCUCCAUGAUACUGGCGGUUGUCCGAGUUAUUUUAUGGAUGCCGAUGAUGACUUUGGUGCUGGUGCGCCACGCAGUGAAUGCACGCAGCUCAUCCCUGGAGACUCUGAGCUUCUUUCUCACUUUGCUUGCCCCCGCGGUUACUCCGUUGUUCGUGCUGUCUGAGCGCUGGAUUCACAUGCCAUGCGGCUGCUUCAUAAACUGCAAACGGGAUCCAAUGCAGGAACACUCAGUAAUGAAAAGAAAAUUUGAGUUCAACCUUUCCUUCCAACAAGGCUAUGGAGUGUAUAAGUUAUCCCAUGCCACCGUGUCUCAUCACAGUCCGCCCAUUGAGAAGCCGGCCUAUCACAAUCUUUUUAACUGUGACUUCCCCAACACCCGUCUUGAUGCACUAGAGAGUGGUGGCUUCUCCAGCUUGGGGCCCAGUUUUGAUUUCAGCACCACGUGUCCUGUGGACAGCUCUUCACAUGCAGACCUUCUGUUAGAAGCUGUGGCUGGUGGAGGAGAUGCCCUUGCUGAUUGUCCCUCACUUCCCCAUGAGAACCAUGGAGAUGAUGAUGACUUCCACUGUGUCCCUUCCCUGUCUUCUCAUCACCGGCAGCAGGAUCACAAUCUAACUGACACAUCAUCAGUGUUUGAUGGGUCAGAGAGGAGGCUGUCGCACGAGGAGUGUCGCAAAAUCGAGCUGACAGACUGGGAGUGGUGCAGGAGUAAAUCAGAGAGAACACCAAGACAGCGGUCAUCAGGUCUGUCAAUCCCCUUGUGCGCCUUCCAGGGCACCGUAUCUCUGCAAGCACCCACCGGAAAGACUCUCUCUCUCUCCACCUAUGAGGUCAGCAGUGAUGGACUCAAAAUCUCCCCCAACAAUGCAAAGAAGGUGGAAGUGUACCGCUCAAAAUCAGUUGGCCACGAGCCUAGUGCAGAUGACCCAGGAUCAGGAGUCCAGACUGGAGAUGUGAAUGUCAGCAGUGUGGGGAUGGGUAUGGAAAUUGGAAUGGGCAUCGGAGCUGGUGUGGGGGACACCAACGUCAAAAUCCACCUGGAGGUUCUGGAGAUCUGUGACAACGAAGAGGCCAUGGACAGUGUGUCCAUCAUCUCCAACAUCAGCCAGUCCUCUACCCAUGCCCGCUCGCCGUCGCUACGUUACUCACGAAGAGAAAACCGCUUUGUUUCUUGUGACUUGGGAGAGACAGCUUCUUACUCUCUGCUCAUCCCCAGCAGCGGCAACCCAGAAACAGAGACCAUCAACAUCACUAUACCUGACACUGUGGAGGCCCAUCGGGAGAACAGCCGGCGACAAACGCAUGGAAGCUCGGGAUAUCGUGAGGAGAUACAGCUGCUUAAUGAAGCCUACAGAAAGCAAGCUGGCGACAGUGAAGAGUGA